AUGGCACCAACAGGACCAGGGACAACUAAUGCUGGAGAUCAACUACGUUUGAAGGCCCAAUUGCCAAACAAUGCCACUCUCGCUCCAAUCGCAGCUGAUGGCGCCUCGUGUGUGCAGACAUUUUCCAGCAUUGAUACUUUGAUGUCUUCAAGUGGUGACCUUCGCGACUUCCCAGCUGUUGACUUUGCGGCAAAAGAUUCGAUACCGGCUCCGGACGUCGACCUGUCCACGCGGGUGAACAAUUCUGAGGCCACGGACCAGAUGUUCUCCCCCAAUUUCGAGCAUUUCAUGACCAUGCCCUACGACUUCAUCUAUCCGCUGCCACAGACGGAUUUCGGCAUGUUCCAUACGAGCGAAGCAUUUAUUCAACACGGGUUUCAGCCGGAUUCUGAACAAGGACUUUCGAGGUUUAGAUCUCGAUUGCCUUCGCUGGAGCCGACGACGAUAUCCUCGGGAUCGCGAAUAAAGUAUAGCUAG